GUAUGCUGGCGCCUGCUAGAUACUAAAUGUGACAGGGCACCGGCCUCCAUUAGAGAUUCUCUAGGCUCUAUUUUGAGACCACCGCUGUUCCUGAUGUACGUCAGCGUCCCUUCAGACAUUCUUGCAAGUUCAUUUCUACUUCUUGCCGACGAAAUGAAAUCCUGGAGUUCUAAUCCCAGUGUCCCCUCUAGUGGACGUAGACUCGACAAGGCCGUGGUGGUGGAGAAGGCACUUCCGCUGGUUGAGGAUAAGUGCGUCCACAUGUCAUUUGGAGGAGACUCAGUGAAUGCCCUCUUCAUGCCGGGUGAGAAUGGACCGGAAACAAUCACGAGAGUAGAUGCCAAAUAG